CAAAAUCCGCGAAGGAACUCAUAGAAAACACGUGCUGCAGUGUCGUCAGAGUUCCCGAUCCAAUCCUCGAAUCCACCAAAGCUUGGAAGCGUUGUCAGUGAAGUAAAAAAAAAAAAUCCAAACAAACUGAAAAAGAGUCGAUCUUGUUCUCCGCAAUGUGUCCAAUUCGUACCUGUUGAUAUCGUCACGAAGGGAAAACAAUAACUACGGAAAUAGUUUUAAAAUUUUCUUCUGUUUGUUUUACGAACCAAUCUUAUUUUAUCGCGCUUGCUACAAUCUCUUUUUUCACUUAAAGAAAAAUGCAAACGAUUAACUAACUCGAAAACUUUUAAUUGCUUUUACAAUAUUUUAAGGAAUAUUUUAAGCUAAUGGGUGAAUUUCUUUUUGGAAUUUAUUAGCUGAAUUCAUCUAUAUACAUAUUUUUAAAAGUUGAAAUCAAUUUUUUGUUUUGUUAUGUAAUGUGAUAAAAAUGUCGUUUGUGAAAAAUUGGAAAAAAGUCUUUAGUAUAUGGUGGAAACCUGUGAUUUCAAUUUUAAUUCCUCUAGCUCUUCUGCCAAUAAUUAUCUUAUAUGACUCUCAGGUGUCAAGAUGUGGUUAUGUAGUUAUUUGGAUGGCAUUUUAUUUCAUGUUAGAACCUGUUCCAUUACCGGUGACAGCUCUCAUUCCAGUAUUUGCCUUCCCAUUACUCGGAGUAUUGUCAACUACAGAGGCUUGCGCUCCCUACAUGAAAGAUACUAUAAUGAUGUAUGUAGGCAGCUUAACUUUGGCUGUUGCCGUUGAGCACUGCAACUUGCAUAAACGCAUAGCUUUGAAAGUAUUGCUGCUCAUAGGUACUGGACCUCGGUGGUUAAUGUUAGGUUUCAUGGUGACAACUAUGUUUCUCUCAAUGUGGAUCAGUAAUACAGCAACCACAGCCAUGAUGGUGCCUAUAGUGGAUGCAGUUCUGGAUGAAUUGGAAAAAGAAGAAAGAAAAACCAUGAAAUGUGAUGCAGCCAUAAGCUGUAAGAAAAUGAUAUCACUUCCAUCUAAUGCAUCAUCGUCAACUAUUUGGAAUGUUGAAUUAAAUAAGAAUCAUUAUCAAAUUAAUAUGCAACUCUCCAACAAUUCCAAUUCGAGUCCAGAGAAGGAAUUUAGGCGUUUGCGAGAUUCUCUUCUUCUAAGUAUUGCAUAUGCAGCUAAUUGUGGUGGGACUGGAACAGUUAUAGGUUCUGGACCAAACCUUGUUCUAAAAGGUUUAAUGGAAGAGUUAUAUCCUGAUUCUUCAGAGUUGACAUUUGCAACAUGGCUACUCUAUAAUGGUCCUGUUAUGGUCAUUUGUGUUAUAAUCUGUUGGAUUAUUCUCCAGUUUUCAUUUGUACCUUGUUGUUCAAAAGAAACAAAAAGAGCUAAGAUUUCAGCAGAAAACAUUGUUUUGAAAAGCUACAAGGAGCUUGGAAAAAUCACAUUUCAUGAAACUGCUGUUGCAGUUUUAUUCAUACUCGUUGUUUUCUUGUGGUUCUUACGUGACCCUCAGUUCUUGAAUGGUUGGGCAUAUUAUAUUCCAUAUGGCAAAAACAUUCGUGAUGCUACGCCAGUGUUGGGGGUCUGUGUCUUGUUAUUUAUUAUUCCAUCAAAGCCGUCACUGACAGAAAGAAGUCCCCCGUUGCUCGUAUGGAAAACUGCUCAGAAGAAAUUACCUUGGGGUAUACUUUUGCUGCUGGGCAGUGGAUUUGUUAUUGCAGAUGCAGCUAAGAAAUCUCAUCUAUCAUCCUGGCUGAGUUCGCAGUUAUCAUAUUUAAACGUCUUAUCUCCUUCAGCUAUCGUAAUCAUUUUAACAUUCAUGGCUUCAAUUUUGACUGAAGUUAUAAGCAAUAUGUCAAUGGCAACUAUCAUGCUUCCAGUGGUGAGCGAAAUGGCCGAAGCACUGCAUGUCCACCCUCUUUAUCUAAUGCUUCCGGUGACAAUCGGCUGUUCUUUUGCAAUGAUCUUACCAGUGGGAAAUCCAUCAAAUGCCAUUGUAUUUGAUGCCAGCAGCAUGAAAACGUUAGAUAUGAUGAAACCGGGCCUGGUCUCAAAAUUUCUAUGCUGUGCGGUAGAAUUAAUUAUGAUCCAAACAUUAGGAGUUGCCAUAUUUAACUUAAAGACAUUUCCUGAAUGGGCUGGUGGUAAUUUGGAACUUUUGGCUGCUAACACAACCCAGCUGUCAUUUUUGAACAGCACUGUUGGGACCCCAUUGAACAUUACUGAUAAUCAAAUAAGAUGACCCCUGUUAAAAAGAAAUCGAGAAUUAGUAAUUAACUGAUAUGUGUGAAUGAGUGUGCAAAAUCUGUAAAUGAUUUGCGCAUAAGGAAUAAUUAUGUUGAGCAUAUUGCUCUGAAAAAUUAGCAUCAGCCACCUAGUUUUUAGUAUUUUAAUACCUCUACACUUUUAAUUGUCAUACUCUGCAAAUAAUUAUUAUAAAAAGCACAUUUUUAACUUUUGAAACAAAUGUAAAUAUGAUAAUGUGCUAUGAGAGGGAAACCAAAUGUGGAAAGCUUUACACAUAGAAAAUCGUUUGCUGUUUAGAAAAUAUACAGGGUUUACAUGUAAAGACUGCCCUUAAUAAGUAUUUUUAGAGUCUUGUCAAAAAUAACAAAAAACAUGUCAAUGUGGGUACCUAAUUAUCACGUAAUCAGAGAAAAACGAAUAGGCUAUCAAAAUCUGACAAGUCAUAGUACAGGGAAGCAAAUGCAAUAAACAACAGAGGAGAGCUGAAAGACGAAUAUUAAAAACAUCUUAAAGUUUAAUUUAAACCUUUAAUUUUUAAAAAAAACCUAUAAUUUAAUCUGUGUUGACAUUUAUUACAUACACUGCCUGUACUGUAAUGUAUGAUAGUUCCUAAGCACCUAAAUAGAAAUUCAUCAUCCCCAUGUGUAUAGUUUUUUGUAUAAUUUUUGGUAAAGAUUCUUAAAGUACAUUAAGGGUGACCUUUGUGGAACACUCUGCACGUAUAGAUUUAGACAUGGUUAACAUGAAUUGUAAAAUAAGACGGCUUGGCUAUCAAAAUCUGGCAACUCACAUUACAGGGAAGCAAAUGUAAUAUACAACAAGAUAACAAGGAAACAGAGAAGGUAUGAGAGACAAUUGUUAGAAACGUCUUAAAGUUCCAAAAUUAAACUUGUUUUGAUGUUUAUUACGUUUGCCUGCUUCAACUGUAAUGUAUCACAGUUCAAAAGCGUCUUUGUUUUUUUCUCGUUUAAAUAUAAAUUUACUACUCCAUGUGCAUAUUUUUUUCUGUUUUCAGAUUUGGUAAAGAUUCUAAAAAUACAUUAAGAGCGACCUUUACAGAGCACCCUGUACAUUUAGAUUCAGACAUCGUAACAUAAAUUAUUAUAUAGGAUUGUUUGACUGUGAUUUAGAAUAAUAAUUAAGUAUCAUAUUCCAUAGGACUGAAGCAAACACUACAGGGUGGUCCGAAAGCACCACCCUUAGUAUGCAUAAUUUUACUGCUUGUCGAAAACUAAGAAUUAAUUAGGUUCAUAAACUAAUGUAAGCGAGGAAAAAGCAAAAAUAUUGUCAAAAUAUGAUGACUCAUUAUUGAGAACAGUGGAAUUAAUGAAAUUUAAAGAAGUUUUGUCUCCUCUGAGUUUUUCACGCCAUCAAACAGUUACUGAUAUUUUCAACCAAACCUUCUUGUAUAAUUAUUCAUCAGGAUAUGCAAAUAUUCUUUUUUUAUGGCUUAAAAUAUUAAUUCGUGACAUUUUCUGUUCAUUUUUAAACUCAUAAAGAUUUCAAGAAAAGAUAAGAUUUCUUUGAAUUAUAUAAGAGUGCAUAAACUAAAAUAAAGUGUAGCCAUCAUAAAAUUACAAACGAAAAUUAUGUAAAUCAAUAUUUCUAAUACGUAAAAUUUAAUAUAGAUUGUUUUCAAGUAAACACCAACGAAAAGGAAGUAAUAUAAAAAUAACAUGACGCAAAUGAUUAUUUUUUAUCUACUUCAUUAAUAAUAUUUUAGUAACAUAGUCUAUGUAACUUAUCGAUUUAGAAUUAUUUUAAUUAAAACAUUAUGAAAGUAUAAGUCAGUUACGUAUUGUGCAUGAGUUAUUCAAAACGAAAUAUUUUUUCAUGGGAUGUGUAAUAAAUAUGAUUUUUAUUUAUUAGUCAAAUAUGUGUAAGUUAGUUUUCAUGUUUAUUUGAAUUUCUUGUUUACCAUUAUAGGAAGAUUUCUUAUUAUUUGUUAUUGAAAUCUAUAGUUUUGUUGUUGACUCUGUCAAAAAUAUAAAAAUGAGUUUUGUUGAAUGGCUGAAUAUGGUAUACAAAAAUCUAUAUGAUUUUCUUAAAAAAAUAAAGUUACUUUUUACUUAA